GGAUAAAAUGACUGAGCUAGACUUGAUGCAUUCUGGGAGUUCUUCAGUUUCAUUGAUGGAGGAGAGGAUACGAGCUAACUCAGACUUGCAGACUCUUGAGUCCAGACCUGAGAGCCGACUUCACUUGGACCUUUCUCUGACAAACAGGAUCAGACAGUUGUAGCGGUCAGAGAGGAGACUCCUGCAUCGGCUCUACUAGCUAGCAGCUACAUCUCAGCUACCCAGGAUGCAACACUCCCAGAGACUGGAUCAAAAGCUAUACACGCUUAGGGAGGAAGUCAGGACCAUGAGUCGGGAAAAGGAGCAGGUGGAGAAGGUUUGGAGGGAGCGGCUGCAGCGUUGUCAAAGGCAGUUACAGACAAAAGAGGAUGAGAUGAUUCGUCAAUCCCAAUACUUUGAGAGCUUCAAGGGCCAACUUCAGUACAAGCUCAAACAGGGUCGGGACCGAGAGGAAGCGCUACAAAACCGAAUUUACACUUUAGAGAAGCAACUACUGGACAUGACAGUUACCGCGGCUACUGGUCUCGCCACAACGGAACCGAUCCGAAUCACUGCUGGUUCUGUAGCGCACUGGGAAGAACAAGACAUACUGCCUUCACUGAGAGGAGAGGGAGAAGGAGAAGAGGAGAAGAAGGAAGACCGCAAGAAGCAAUGGCCAAAAGGUUUAGGAGACGAAAGAGGCAAGGAUAAGGACUCAGACCAGACCAGGCUCCAGGGGUUUAUACUGAGCCUACAGGAGGACCUCAGGGUGCUGCUGGAGAGAGAGGAGAAGGCUAUGACCGAACACAGAGAGCUGAUGGAGCAGCUACACGAGGCCCAGGAGAGCAGUCAUUUUUUAGGCUGUAAAGUGGAGGAGCUGAAGGCAGAAAUCGACCAUCUGAAUCUGUCUAAAGUGUCACUGGAGGAGGAGGUGGAGGAGCUGAGAGAGGAGAACCAAAGACUACAACAGGGCCUUACAGAUGCUGACCACCUGCCAAAUAACAGUGAAGUGUGCGUUCAAAAGGCUCAUAUCAGUGAUGAAGGACAGCUUUCUGUAGUUCUGCCAGAUCGCCACCAGGUUACAGCAGAGAGCUCUGAAAAUGCCCCAGCGGAUUCGUCCUCAGCAGAACCCUCAUUGAUAACCACAAAUCACCCAGAAACUCUAUUUGGCAACUUUGGAUCGAAGUCAAACCCCAGCUUUCAAUCUCUCACGCUCACCACAGAGACAAUAGAUGAGUUGAGAAUGGGGGCAUGGUGCUAUAACGGCGUGUUGAACUUGGAGGAGAGCCCCGGGGAGGACUCUGACGCCUUGAGGGAAGCAUAUCGCAGCUUGGUUUUAGGAGGAGAUCUUGAUUUCAUAAAGGAACAACGUGACCGCUUUGAGGAGGCCCUGCAGCAAACACACGAGCAGCUAAAGAUAACCCUGUUAGAAAAUGCAAGUUUAAAAUCACAAAUCAAACUGCAAGAAGAAACCGGGUUAAGGGAGGAGUCUUCAAAAGAUGCAUUUUGUGAAAAUUCAGUGUUGGACGACAGCGCUAGGUUCAGCAUUGGGUCGGAUGAUCUUGUCCAGGCAUUAAAUGAAGAAAACAGAGCGUUAGCAGAGAGAAUAAAAGAGCUAAGAGACCAUAUUGAACUCAGAGAUGGGGAAAUUAUGAAGGAGAGAAGUGAAGUAAAGGAGCAGAUCUGUCGGUUAGAAAUAGACGGGGCCAGGCAACAACAGGAAAUAAAUGAACAGGCUUUUUUGGUGGCACAGCUGACUAAAAAGACAGAGGAUGAUCUGAAUACUAUUAUGGAGUUGCAGCAAAAGUUGGUGGAAUAUGAAGAGCUGAAAGAAGAGAUUAGGCGUAAGAAACUAUUUGGAUUUCAGUCUAAACACACACAAACAGUUUUCAGGAAAGAUAAUAUUGACGAGUGUGUAGAUAUAGUGGUGAAUUGUGUAAUUGAAAGUGAUAAAGAACCACAGUUUAUGUCCAAGCAAGGAGAUGCAAGUGAAGCGUCUCAAACAGUAGCCAAAUCUGCUGACAGUCCUGAAGUGAAUUUGAUGAAUGAAGAAGUGGACCGGUUAACCAAGUUGGUGCACAGCCUUAAAACAGAACAAGAGGACCUCAUGGGAAGAAUUAAAACCCAAAGAUUACAACAAAAAGAAGUGGCUCAGUCAGUUCAAGUGCAAACAGAAGAGAAGCAGCGUUUGACUCGUGAGGUAUGGGGACUUAAAGAGGAGAAAGAUAAUGUUUUUAAAUCUCUGACUGGGCUAAAACAGGAGCGUGAGGUGCUAACUAGGACAGUGUGUGGGUUCAAGGAGGAAAAAGACCAAUUUCAAAGAUCCAUGGCUGGUCUUCAACAAGAAAGAGAGCAGCUUUUUCAAGAUUUACCUAAUCUUAAAAGGAAAAAAGAUGCCAUUUUGGAGUCUAUCUCAAGUGGGAUCAAAGAAAGGGACCAGAUCAUGCAAACAAUACAAAAUUUAGAAAAAGAAAGUCAACAGUUGAACCAAGCAUUGUUCAAAUUAAAACAGGAAAAAGAUGAACUCUCAAGUCACCUUAAAAGUUUAAAAGAAACAAAAGAUAAGGAGCACCUGUUUCAUAACUUAGAAGAGGAAUGUGCCAAGCUACAAAAAUCUGUUUCAGGUUUGACAGAGGAGGAGAGGAGAAUGACCUUUUCAGUGUCACGUUUAAAACAAGAGGAAAAUCAAAUGGGAAUUUUAAUACAACAACUACGAGAGGAGCAUAGCAGACUACAAGCUACACCGCAAGGGCAAACUAAAGCUAGUGAAAUGGACCCAACAUAUCCAGCCAAUGAGUAUGUAGAGCAAUAUGGAAAUCAGAAUAACCUGGAGGGUCAAAAUGAUGUUGCGAUGCAGAUACAAACAUUGUCAACAGAACUCCACAAGACUUGUAAUGAAUUGGAGGAGACAAAAGCAGAGAGACAAAGAUUGCAGAGUGAACUGUUUCAAUCUGAAAUCAAAAGGGACGAGGCUGAGAGGAGAGCAUCACAAUUGGCUGACAGACUUUUCAAAAUCACUGAUGAAUCUAAUCAGCUACAGGAAACAAGGAAGGAGAGUGACAGUCUUAAGGCACAGGUGAAGGAGCUACAAAACAAGGUGACAAAUCUGACCAGAGAGAAGAAUGAAGCAGUGGCUCUAAAGGCCCGAAUAGAUGAGCAAUACAAUAUACUGUCUGCACAACUCAGAGCCAAAACUGUGGCUCUACAGGAGCUGAACUCAGAAUACAUCAGUCUGAAACAAGGUCAGGGCAUCAGGGAGGACCUUAGCACCACUCUAGUCUCCAUGCAGAGCCGCUACAAUGACAUCAGAGCCAAGUAUGACGCUUUACUUCAUAAGAAAAGUCAAGCUGAUAUGGACAUUGCGCCUCUGAAGGCCAAGCUGUCAUGUAUGGUGGUGAAGUGUCAGGAGAGGAACAACAUUUUGGUUCAGAUGACGAAGAUCCUACAGAAACACGGCUGCAUCGACUACAUCCUGAAACAACAAGUGGAACAGCUGCUCACAGACCCCGCCCUGCAAAGCUACGCCACUUCAUUCACCGCCGGAUUUACCCCUGAAAUAAUGGUUACAUUUGAAGACUCGAAAAGAUUCACUCAAGAUCAACCCUGUUCAGCUUCACCGCCAAAACAACAACAAAUGCAUGAAUUUGCUUCGCAAAGUCAUAUCUAUGGGGGUGGUAGAAGUCCUUCUGUUGUAACACCUACUUCGAGUACUUUUGCAAAUUCACCCAGAGACUGCACGAGUAAGAUGAGCCAUGAGUCAAGUCCAACAGUAAAGGCUUUCUCCAUCCAGUCCAUUUCCCCACUGCCAGAACACAGACAUGUCAUGGGGUCUACGUCACCCGCUGUCUCACACAAAGUUAACUCCCAGCUUUUAUCACCUACAAACCGUACAAGGAAACAAAAUCAUUACACUAGUCCAACACAAGAAAAGAAGGCUGUCUCCCCAAACUUCAUCUCACCAAUGCAAGAACAUAGAGAAAUCCUGGGAUCCACAUCACCUGCUGCCUCAAGGAAAAGCAACACAAACUCAACAAAGCAUCAUCUUUCUCCAAGCUCUCCCAGAGGCUCUGCACUAAAAACAAAUGAAUAUCAACAACUGAAUGUGAAAGCCAAGUCCUCCCCAGACCUGACCCGGCUAACAGAGGCCAGCGGGUUCGGUUCCAGCUCUGGUUCUUCCUCUUCACUCACCUGCUUUGGUCCAAGUACGAGACUGAGUAGUCCAUCAAAAAUCAUGAGCCUUCAGGAACAACUGCAGAAGACCUUACUCAGCAGUUUUCAGGCUCCAGCAGGCAGAGUGAAAGGACAGCAGCCCAGAAAAUACCUGUCAUUCUCAGCACAAUCUCUGGCCUUCCCUACAGCCUCACAGAUGAAGAAACAAACAACAGCCAAUAUCACAGCUUCCUCAAGCCAAUCUACUUCAGGGGAAAACACCAAACCUGUACCCUCCAAUAAGCUUUUUAAUGCAGUUGUGUCUCGAUCUGCAACGAUUGCGUUCAAUCCAGCUGCCCAGACAUUUAAACCCUCUAAAUACAAUGUGUCUCGGGCUUCAUCAAACGUCUCUAGUUUCUCCAGUACAAGUGCAUUACAGAGCAAAGUGAUGUUAACAGCCACUUCUGGUGCUAUUAAACAUGCCGUUGAUAUGCCAGGCAAAGACCUUAAGGCUUCUUCAAUGGAAAACAAGACCGCAUUUUUACGCGUGAGCCGGACAACUACAGACUGCAACGUGUCCCAUUACCCAGACACUACUGCAAGCACUGCCUCUGAUACAAUGGGCCCAAGCAGAAGUAAUAGUUUCAAUAGGACUUCGCAAAUAGAUGGCUGUGGCAGCCUUAUAUCUCCUGAGCCCACCUCCGUGUCUGCCAAAAAGUCACCAAACUACGCAGAGAAAGCCAGAACUCCAACCAGAAUGAAACAAGAGGCUCCCGCUGAGGUGCGAUCCAUCGAGGUCAUUAAAACAGUGGGUGUGAGUGGCCUUAUGAUUGGCUGGGAGAGACCUCCACUGGACGAACUGGGCUGCAGCAAUGGCACGUUUGUGUAUGGAUACAGGGUGUUUGUUGAUGGAGUGUUCCACAAAUCUGUCAUGAGUUCAGCAUGCACUAAGUGUAUACUUGAGAAUGUAAACCUGAGUGUUCCCAUUAAAAUCAGCGUGCAGACGUUGGGAUCUAACGCUCUCAGCUCUAACUGUGUCCAUACAAUGUACGUCCAAACCACCUGACCAAUGAAACUUUAAGCCUUUAGUGCCAUAUAUAGCUGCAGCUCUCCAGGGGAUUUUUUUCUAACCUCAAUCAAGAACAACAGAGACACCUCCAUUCAGCUGGGACUUACCUAGUACUGCGAGUACGAAGGACAACCAAGAACCUAAAGUGAACUUCCGGGUCCACUUUUGGCCAAUGAUCAUGGGCGGACAGCAGAGUUUUAAGAUGGCAAUCAAAAUAUCUCGCAAGGUCCCUGCACCAAGAAAUGGUUUUAUACAAGAAAUGGCAUUCGUCUUUUUGGAUCAUACCUCUUUGCUGGAUACAGACAAAUUACUAUACCAUAAUGAGGCCAAGAACAUUUUUUGAAGAUGUCUUUGCGUAUUAAAAUCUCAAACUAUCAGAGCGAUGUCUACUGCUGCAAGUUUACACUGUGUUCAAGAGACUGGUUUUGGUAUUUUCAAACUGUGGAAAAAUAAUAGGACUUGGCUGCAUAAUGUGAAGAAGAACAAAGGUGUACCAUCAUACUUGAUUUACACAUUUCAAGCCAAAUAUGUGAUAAAUACUCCAAAGACAGUUUCAUUUUACUCCUGGAUCUCAAAACAGUAAUUUGUAUUUUGAAUUUGCACAUUAUCAUAUUUAAGUAGAGAACAUUGCUAUUUUCUGUAAAGUGUAGAUUAAAAAAAAAUCUAUCUGCCAAUGGUGUAGUUUAAUGUACCUCUUAAAUUAUGUCUUUUGUAUAAAGUUUGUAUUGCUGUAGAUAUUAUGCACACUCAUAUAUUGUUUUAUAGAACAAGUAUAACUCAUUAUGCUAAUUAUGUAUGUUUGGGUUCAGAGCAAAAAUGUUGCAGCAAACUUAUUUUUCUAUCAACAGCUAUUUCACAUCAAGUC